AUCGCGCCUGGUUUCUACUUCUGAUUCGCUGAAAUGGAAACAAGCGGAGCGGGAGGCGGCAAGGUCAAGAAGGGCGCCGCCGGGCGGCGGACCGGCGGGCCGAAGAAAAAGGCCGUGUCACGAUCGGUGAAGGCCGGCCUCCAGUUCCCCGUCGGCCGCAUCGGUCGCUUCCUGAAGAAGGGCCGCUACUCCCAGCGCGUCGGCAGUGGCGCGCCGGUCUACCUGGCGGCCGUUCUGGAAUACCUGGCGGCGGAGGUGCUGGAGCUUGCUGGCAACGCAGCGCGCGACAACAAGAAGAACCGCAUCAUCCCCCGCCACGUCCUGCUUGCUAUCCGCAACGAUGAGGAACUGGGGAAGCUUCUCGCCGGCGUCACCAUCGCUCACGGUGGUGUCCUCCCCAACAUCAACCCGGUGCUGCUUCCGAAGAAGUCGGCGGCCGCUAAGGAACCAAAGUCGCCGUCGAAGGCCACCAAAUCGCCGAAGAAAACAGCUUAAAAAUCAAAUUUUGCUAAUAUUUUUCUAUUAGCAUAGUAGUGCUUGCUUGAAUUUAUCUUUUGUUUUGCUUAAUGUUAACUGCUGGUUAACCAAUUUAUCAUCUUUAAAUUUAA